AUUGUAUACACAAUCUGAGAAGGAAGUUUAAAUACAGACAAAAAUCAAUCAAAUCGGAGAUAAUCUUCCAGCAGUGUGCAGCAUGUCUACCUUACUAUCAUGGUAUUUAGUAGCUUGUCUGUCCGUUAUAAUAUGGAACGUCUUACAUUCACAGACAUUGUAUGACAACGAUUGCGACCAAUAUGAAAUCUACAACCAGGAUAGAAAAAUAACAGCUUUACGAACAGCGUUAGACGAAACCGAAAAUCUGAUCGAGGAAACAACAACACGUUUAAAAUACGUCCUCAGAAGUAGUAAAAAUGAUCCAGUCAAUAAUGCUUACAACGACUUACUGAGAAUGUACGGCUCACAAAUAACUCCUACAGAUAACACCAUCGAUGAAAUGUGUAAACGACACCCAAAUUUGAUCAUUGGAAAAACAACACAAUGUCAACAAUAUUACAACUGCACCGGAGAAGUUGAAGAUUUGAGUAGUUAUGCUGGCGCGUAUUGGCCUUCAAAGUAUCUGCACGAGUGUCACUAUCCAUUUUUGUUCUCAAAGGACACACUUCAAUGUGAAAAUUAUACCGAGGUUGAUUGUGGAACACGAUAUAAACCAAUCUGGGAAUGUAGAUACUUAAGAUUUCACCUCGAAUAUUCAAUGGGUGCUUGUGAACGUACAUACCCAAAUUGCGAGAAAAAGAAGGAUGGAUUCUGGCGUGAUGAUGCCAGUCAGUAUAGGUGGAAUUAUUACAAAAUAUGUCAAAAUGGGAGAACAAUCGCAACAGGACAGUGUCCAUAUAAUGACAUAUGGGGUAUUUCGUCUUAUCCUUACAAUGGGGAAUGUGUUCAUCUGUUUGCCAUUCCAAAAGAGUUUUUAGCGAGUGCUUAUCUUCCCUCUUGUAAAGGAACACCAGACGGAAAUUACCGGUAUCCUAUUGGUCUCUGUGACGCUUACUAUAGCUGUGAAGGUGGUAAUGCUACUGCUGUGAAAUGUCCAACAGACACUGUAUUUGACAUGGUUAAUAGAACUUGUGAAGUCAGAGGUAGAUGCCAAUAACAGAUCAUCUAUGCAUGGAUAAAUCUUCAGAUUUUGCAAACCAUUUUUUUCCAGAAAAGAAAACUUUUUACAAUAACUUAUCACUCAAAGAUAUACAAAAUAUGAACCCAUCACGAUGAUUGAAUUCGCAUACUGUGACAUCAUGUAAAUAAUAUUUGUUGAUAUGAAUAAUGAAUAGAGAAUUAAAGUUUGACAAUUCUA